AUGGGACAUGAUGCUAUUUUUACUCCUGAACUUUCCUGGUAUAAAAGGAUCACCAACGGAGGAUCUGACAGUAAGGGUGAGGAAUUUGGCAAUAAAAUCACCGAUCUACAGAGAUUUCAGGAAGUCCAAAAUGAUCAGACUUUUCUGAGGUUUUUGUUUUUUCUACUCUGCAGCUCAUUAAAAUCCAAUCUUAUUCUAUUUCUGUUGAUUUCUGCAAUGCAUGUGUUCUGGUGCCAUCCAGUUCCAUCUUCUAAGGUGUCUGGAAAAUCUGACUACUUUGUUGUCCUGCUGAACAGCUGCCCCACGAGGAUGGGCAGGAGAGAGGGACUGGAUUUUCUAAAGCCAAUUUUGGAGAAGACACUUAUGAAAAGGUCCUUUCGCAAUGGAGUUGGCACAGGAAUGAAAAAAACUUCCUUUCAAAGAGCAAAAUCAUGA